GUCAGCUGUGGAGGGUGUAGUAGGGGCGUUCUUCUUGCAGAGCCAACCGGGGCCCCUGGCAGCCGAACUUGGCGUGAGGCGUGUUCGCCGGUGAAUUCCGCCGCAGCUCUUCUGGGGUGGCCGCGAGGAGGCGGGUUGCUCUGCUGUCCUCCAUCACCUUCUCCUAAAGAUGCAUCCUGACUUAUCUCCACACUUGCACACUGAAGAAUGCAACGCCUUGAUUAACUUACUUAAGGAAUGUCACAAAAAUCACAGCAUUCUGAAAUUUUUUGGUCAUUGCAAUGACCUUGAUCGGGAGAUGAGAAAAUGCUUGAAGAAUGAGUACAUGGAAAAGAGGACCAAGAGCAGGGAGCUUGGCAAUGCGAUGCGAAAGAGACUUUCAAAUCCUCCAGAGGAAUCUGAAACAUAAAUUAUAUUAUCACUGGAUACCUUGCCUGAGAGAAGAUCUGAAGACUCUUGGUUGAUAAACCAAAAGAAUCCUAUCUCAUUUGGUCUCCUGAAUCUUUUGAAUUGCAAGUGACCCAUGAGAAAUCGAGACAUGGAGAAAUACAGAAACACUGGAUUCAGAAUAUUUGUUGGGCAGAGCCUUUAGUACUCUGAUUCCUUUACCAACACACCUGACUUUUAAUGUGUUUCUUUACUUUGCCUACAGCCAUUUAACAUUUGAGUAAUUUAUCACGCUCAAUAAAAUAAUUGACUUU